AAAUCUGCGCACGCGCGGGUGCCAGUCCUGCGGACGCACUGACCAAGGCGUGCGCUCCGAACCAAAGCUGGUGUCUGUAAAGAGCGGUGCCUGGCACCCCUUCGCCUCAGCUGCAGGGCAGUCCGCCGCCAGUUCCCGUCCGCGGCAUGCUGCAGCUAACGUUGGUCGGCCGGUGGGCGGCCGGGCUGAGGCCUGGCGGGAAGAGGACCGCAUUGUGGGCGGCUGCCGCGCUCCGAAGUCCCAGCGUGGCGGUCUCGCGGGCAAUCUGCAGCAGGCCUUUGGGGCCGGUGGCCGGCGGGAGCGCGGGGCUCCAGGGUGCCCAUCCCCUUCUCCGGCGUCCGGAGCGAGUGCAGAUACCUAUUUGUUGGCACAGAUGUGUUCGAUGCUUACAUACACAACUUGACAAAUCAGAAGAUGGAAGGCUGAUUUAUACUGGGAAUCUGGCCCGUGCAGUAUUUGGUGUGAAAUGUUUUUCUUAUUCUACAAGUAUGCUCAGCAUUGCAUUUCUACCAUACAUUUUUGCACAAAAUAAUAUUAUAUUUGGAAGUCUGCCUUUGCAAAUCUUAUUUUAUGGCAUCAUAGGAAGCUUUACAGUGAUCACCCCAGUGCUGCUUCACUUUGUUACAAAAGGCUAUGUUAUUCGGUUGUACCAUGAGGCCACAACGGACACUUACAAAGCCAUCACUUACAGCGUCGUUCUUUCAGAAAAAACUACGGUAUUUCACCAGAAUGAUGUGAAGAUUCCAGACAGCACACAUCCUUUUACCACAUUUUAUGCUAAAACAAAAUCACUGUUAGUUAAUCCGGGGCUCUUUCCAAACCCUGAAGACUAUAACCAUCUAAUGGGUUAUGACAAACCAUUCACUUUUGACACAGAAGAAACCAAUGAAAAGAAACAGUUUGAGGAUGAGAAAUAAGCCUGUUGUUUUUAUGUUUGUGUUUAAUUGUGAUUUUUGUUUCAAUGUAUAAUAAGAUUGUCUUUACUUUUGUAUUCUGUUAGUGAUUAUUAAAAUAAUUUAGAACUAUGAGAUUCUAAUUUUCAGAGAAUGAUGUUCCUUUAUAAUAAAUAAGCUAUGUUUGAAA